GCACUCACAACUGCAACAGCAUAGCACGGAACAGUCUGGUCUCGUUUGAGCGUUGCAAGCUGUGGCAAUCCUAUUUUCCCAGCAGGUGCCUGAAGUUCCCCACGAAAAGUCAAUAUUUUUCGAUUUGUGUGAUUCGGAGUAGGACAGCAAAAUAUAUACGAGAAUUAUCACCCCUCUGAGACAUCCCAACCAUACGUUCGACGACGAAAUUGUGGGAAGGCGGCAGCAUUCUGUUGCAGCGGCCUUUUAUGGACCUGUCGCACGUUUCGCCACAAACUCCUUCGUCCGCCCCGUCCGCGCCCGUCCUCUCGCCACUCUCCGUCCAUUCGCCGCCGCCGCCACCAACCGAUGAUAACGGCGUUCUCUCAUUCACUGCAGGAUCUUCGCGUCUCGCGAGCAAGAAGGAAGCUCAAAUGUGGGAAAUAAAUGGGAACGCGGACGCUGGUUCACUGGGAAUGGGUGGGAGAAUAGAGGAGGCUGCCGAGCGGAAGGACACAACUCCGCUGGAUACCCAAAAGGAGCAGCCAUUACCGUCAACAUCGCAUUCACAACAAUCACAACCACCGCAAGUUGUGAAUCCACUCACGACAUCAGCAUCGCAAGCCGGUCUACCCACCCGGAAACUCUCCCGUUUCUCGGUCGUCACCCGCGAUUCGAGUCAUAUCCAGAAAGCUCGGUCCACACCUGCCCUCAACGCUUCGUUUCCACUGUCGUUGAGCCACGACAACGCAGAAUACACCCCAAAAACAAUGGAUUCCGUGUCCUCAUCGUCCUGGUCCUCGACGGGAUCCCUCACAUCCCCAGUCUCCAUAGGUGCACCCCGAUCCCCAGCCUACGAGUCAGCAGACCUGUCUCAGUCAUCCCGCUCCUCCUCCACGACGUCGCUGACGAGCAGCGGGUUCUCGCCGUCUACCCCGAUAGCAUCAGGGCCGGCAUCUGUGGGUGCGCUGUGGAGACGACCCUCAGCCAAAUCCCGCUUUGAAGUGUCUGUCGAGACUUCGGGAAGGUCGCGCUCCAUUUCUCCGACGCUGUCCCACUCCGCGAGCGCCCGUGAGCUCCCCGUCGCCGCCGCGAAACAUUCAACAUCACCUGCGUUGAUUCGCAUGGAUCCCGCGCGCGAGUCUCGCGUAGUUGGCACAGCAGCACCCGCGUUUGGAAUCUCACCGCCUGCACGCAUCCCUCACCUACACGAGGUGAUGCCACCACCCUCAGCGUUCGGCCCGCAGGAACCUGCCAGCACGCAUUUUCCCGUCAAGGACCGCUCGGAUUUGACAUCCUCCGUGUCGGCAUUCAAGAACGUGCAUGUACAUUUCACGCCGGCUACACCACCACCGGAUUCAGAGGGGAAAGUCCCUGUGGACCAGCAGCACCACCAUUGGGAUUCGUCUUACGUAUCUGGAAUACAAGCGCCAAAACCCGCCAUAGACACAUCCUCCCUCUGCAUACCCGUCCACGCCUCCCACCAAUCUCAAAGCAUGCUCCCCAUCACAGCAACCGCCGCAGAAUCCCUCCACUCACCCUCCUCCCGCAAACCGUCCAUCCCCGCCGUCCUCCUAACCCACGACUCCUUCCCCCGCCGCACAACAAUAGCCUGCACCCGCCCGCACAUUCUCGCCGACAUCCUCGCCUGCCAAUUCCCCUCGGACCUGCCGAACGAGAAACCGAGACCGCAUACGAUCGCGAAACCGAAACCGUUGCUUUGUCCGCAGCAGCAGGAGAAGAUGCGGGUGUGGACGACGGGGAAACCUGGGACUGUAGAUAUCGAGCAUACCCCCACCGCACCUGCGACGGUCUCCCCUCCGGCUACCGAAACGACCCAAAAACAACAACAACAACAACCCCUCAUCGCCCCACGCCCACCCACCCGCCGCCCGACAAUCGAACAAGCCGUCAACGUCUCAGUGAAAGGCAGAUUCACGGUGACGCGCGAGCAUUCGACGUAUUGGCGGCCAAGGCAGACAUUGAGUAGAGGGAGUAGGUUCGUUGUUGUUGAGGAUUCGAAGAAAGCGCCCGUGGCGAAGGCGGGGGUUUAGAAUCAUUCGGUUGAGAAAGAGUGGGGUGGAUAUGGUAA